GGCAGUGUGGCUCCGUUACACACAUGUGACACCUAGGGGACUCAUCUGCCAUCAAGGACCCCAAGGUUUCUGGAUUAACGUGGUAGUGCAAAGGCCUGUAAUGGAGAACAACAGUGCUAGAAAUCCUACAGCAGGCCUCAGUGGGCCACCUUAUGACCCAACACAGAUGGUUACACCUGCUCGACACCCUCGUCAGUCAGACAGUUUGCUGGAUAGCGAGAAGACUGGAGCCGCCCUGCUGUUCUCUGGAUUGUUCCUAACCCUUGUGGGUAUCACUUUCACCGCCAUGAGCUGGCAACACUACCUAGCCAACCCCACUGUUGAGUGGAUCCAACUGCUGGGCCCCAUCCUGAUCUCCGUCGGAGGCACUUUUAUACUCACCAGUGUCUGCAAGUUUAGGAUUAUCUCCUGCUGGCCAUGCAGACGGCGGGAUGAAGUGCUGGUAAUGCCUGUGGAGCAAACCUCAACGGGACAUUCUUUUACAUUAAGUGGCAUAAAUCAGCCGAUCAUGUUACAGGGUGCCACAACCAUGCUGUGUAUUCCACCUGUGUAUAAUGUAAGAACCCAGGAAAUAUGCCAGGCCAUUGAAUUCCAGCCUGGCAGGUCCGUGAAUGCCGUUGAUUCUACCAUUCGUCCAUGUGACGCUGUGUCAUGUGUGGCUGGUGCAGCUUUUAUAGCGGAAGACAGCUCAACUCACAGCACAGAAAUAGACCACAGAAGAAGCAGGAUUGAGAAGGCGGAGGGUGAAAGAGGACGUGGUGAUGACAGCAGCUCUACCUGCUCACAUCCACCUGCAUAUGAAGACAUCUAUCCUUCCUUCAGCAAACGCAAUCUGACGUAAACGCCCCCUGAAACGUGUUAGGAAUUUAAUGUCUUUCUUGUUGAUAUGUUCAAAGAUGAUAUGUCAAAGUGAUUUCAUGUCCUGCAGAACAAAACUUCCCUGGUAUUUCAUUCCAAAGCAAGGCAAAAGAAACUUAGCUAGGCUUCACUUUCCUCUCACAGCUGUUAUCAUGUAGAGUUACCACAAUAAUUAUGUAUGAAGUCACAAAAUCCACAAAGAUGAGGCUCCCUGGAAGAAAACCUCAUUAAAAUGGAGAUUUAUGGACAAACUCAGCUCUAUCUGAGGGCUCUAAGGUUUUGGAAGAGAUACUAAAUUUAUAUUCAGCAUAAAAAACACACACAUUUAUCCAGUGCUUGUUGUCUCUCAAUAGCUGCACAAACCACUGUACAUGCCCAUUAAAUGUUGGCAGAGGAAAUGUAGACUAUAGCCUGAAACAAACAUGGGGAGAAUUUAGCAGAGAUACUUUGAAUUUUUUAUUUUUUUUAUGCUGGAAGAAAAUUAACAUCAAAAGUGGAAAAAGUCAUAACGGUCAUUUAACAUUUAGUUGUAAUUGUUUCCAUAUUGUCAGCAUUUCUCAUACUGUUUGUUGUGUUUAAAGAUAUGAAAAGUCAAAGGAUGAUCACCUUAAUGUGAGUUUAGAAUGGCAAUGAACAUACUAUACUAUACUAAAAUUACUACUAGUGGUGGACUUAGGUCUUAACUUAAGUACAAUAUUGCGAUACUUGCACUUUACUUGAGUAUUUACAUAUUCUGCUACUUUAUACUUCAACUCCAUUACACUUCAGAGGCAAAUA